AUGCAUGAAUUUUUUGAUUUGCCCUUUUUUUUGGUUUUUCCUUUUUUUUUUUCUUUUUUUUUGGUUUGUUGGAUUUUAGUUUGCAUGUCAAUUACAGGCCCCACCAAGGUCAGGAUCGGAGAAGCCACGGAGCGCAAAUGUGAGGAAGAUGUUGAUGCAUCUUUUCCAAAGGAGAAUGAAACGUGGCGUGUCUGGACAAUGCUCGUCAUCGCGGGUGUAAUGUCUUUUGGCGUGGUAAUUGUGGGUGCCUUUGGUUUUUUCCCCAUUUAUUUUGUUAGUUUUUCUGCAGCGGAGCGUGCGACCCGCCUGGUUCACUUGCAAUCUAUCAACGUUGUCCGAUCCGCAACGAAGAGCUCUGCCUUGCAUCUACCAACGUUUAUCAACACCAUCUCGGCCAAUUAUGUAAUCUCGGUGAAAAAUAGAAGGAAUUUUUUUCCCGAAGAUAAGCAAAAACUUUUAUUUGCGCUGGCGAAUGUCAUGUCGAAGAGGACAUACCGCGAUGCUGUUGGUCGCUUGUUGGUAGUGUCAGCCGGUCCGCCUGGGGAGGAAUGGGGUGUCCUGGCAGUUUCAUUUUCUGAAACCCGCCAGAUUGGGGGUUGCGUAAUGCAUGGAAUGAAUUCAUCAAACCUCUAUGAGAUUGACCCGGAGAGAGCCAACUUUACAGUUCCGCCCCACCCUCUUGGACCUAACGCUGUGAGUUUGGUGCGGACACUCUCCCAAAAGGAUGGUCCUUACGAGUCCAUCGUUCUGCCGUGGAAUCAAAGCAAAAUACAGGGCGUUCAGUGGAAUAAAUAUUGGCUCACAGCGGGUAUUGGCUACUCGUUCAUGUAUUUUAAUUACGUUUUGCCGUUUAUUACGGAUAAGGGUUUAGGAUUUUGGGAAAUUGCGAUGAGAACGUCAGUUUUUAAUCAUGGGGCUCUAGGGUUAUUGACGAGAACUUUGCGCGACAAUGGACGUUUUAUGCUUUUUGAUUCUACAAUAGAAUUUGUUGUUCUGAAUAGCUGGGGUCAGCCGACAAUCGAAAAGGAAACCAAGGGAACCUAUUCUAUAGCACGGGUUCUCCGGCUCGAUUCUAUCAGCGAUCCAUUGAUGAAGGCAACGGUGAAGCGUAUGCGCCAGCAUGGUGACCCUGAGGCAUUUCUGAAGGGAAGUGAUCGGGGUGAGUUGUCGUUUAUCUACAAGAAUGAUGAGGUUUAUGCACGAUUGUUAAGGCUGAAAGAUGGUUCCGGUCUAAAUGUCUUCAUGCUCAUCAGUACCCUUCAUGCGGAUUUUUUUCGUGCAAUUUACCAGUCGAGUACACACGUGGGUCUUGCCACGGGAAUUUCUGUAACGGUGGUUGCAAUUUUUGCCGUGAUAAUCGCCUAUUUUCUGGUGAGGCCUUUGCGAAGACUCGUGCCGGAGCUGAAGCGUGCAUCACAACUUCAACUGCGUGGCCAGAAUGACAAGAGUGAUGUCUGGAAAAGGUCUAGGAUUGCCGAAGUGCGAGACAUUCAAAACGCCUACGCAGAACUGACUCGUCAACUCAGAAUUGUGAAGACAUUUGUUCCAAGUGCGAUUCUCGCCGCACCAAGCACCAGCACCAGCAGCAACAGCUUUAACAGCAGGGACCAACUUUGUCAUCGGAAAGUGCGGAGGCAUCAUCUGCAUGCGACUUUUCCUCAGAGAGACGGCCCAAUAGCCUCCCGAGCCGAAUUGGAGGCAAUGGAGGAAAAUAAUUUUGCCAAGCUGCGCCAAGAGAUGCGACUUAAUAGCAGGGUUUUCAAGGAGCAGACGAAUAAAUUUGUUCGACGAUACUGCACCGUUGUGCUCAUUGAGAAUGCCCGACCAUUCUCGCUCGACGCGUAUUUUCAUAACAUCCUCACCUGUGCCGCCGAACAAAACGGGUGUGUGGAGUACUCGCGCCCAGACAGGACACUCGUGAGUUUCGGUGCCCACUCGCCGCUUCCCAUGCAUUCCAUAAAGGGGUGCCGUUUUGCGCUCGAGCUCUUUGCCAAACUCGCACCUCAGGAGAGAGAAGCGAUUACCCUUUUUAUAGAUACGAACGAAUUUCAUGUAGGAACGUGUGGCGCACACUCAAAGAAUGCGCGAGUGGUGGUCGGAGUCAUGAACUUGCGCGAGUUGGCGAAGGUUGCGAAUCGAUUAGGGUGCCGUAUUGCAGUAACAGCUGGGACAUCAUCACAGCUACAGGGACACCAAGUAUAUCCCAUUGAGUGUGUUAUGCCAUCAUCUUCGACCGAGUCCGUCGUGCUCUCCGAGCUCCGACCACAAACGGCGCUUCGACAGACAAUGGUAGGUACGGCGAAACAUUUUCGACUUGGAUUUUCAGCGAUGCGUCAAGGAAACUACAAGCAGGCGAUAUCGCACUUCCAGCGCGUGGAAAAGUCGGAUCCUCAGGCACAGCGCCUCAUUCGGUUAUGUGCACAGCGCCGCGCUCAAAACGACAACAAGAGUUACGUGCGAUUGGCAAUCGAAAUCCUACAGGAAAAACUGCCUGCUGUGAAUGUCACUGCAGCAGAUGAUGCGGUAGUCAUGAAUUCUGUAGGUUGUUCUCAAGAUGCAUGUGGAAAAAUAGGAUUAAAUAAGAGCGAAGUUUUUUCUAUACAAUCGAAAGCUUCACCUAAAAGAAACGGCUGUGAAAGUGAAGGUGGGGCCCUUUUUGAGAUGAUAAAUUUUUCUAAUUCAUCCUCCUCCGAGUCUUUUCAGGCACUUGAGGAUGGUUGUAACAGCGCGGACGAUUUGCCCCUUCUUCUAACGGAUAUGAAUCAUCGAGUAUGGACUAGAUCCCUAAAAAAAAUUAGUGAGGGUGCAUUCAGCGCGGUGUUUCUUGGAAUGUCGGAGGAUGGUGGACAGGUGGCCAUCAAGUGUAUCCCACGGCGGCGUCGCGACAUUAUGCAGGAAUCCCUGGAGGCGGAAAUGAAUGUCGCCUCGAAGCUCCGCCACCCGAACAUUGUUCAAUACGUAUCAUGUAGUGUGGUUCAGUCUCAUCUUGCCAUUAUUAUGGAGUACGUGCCUGGGGGCUCGUUGCAUGCCGUGAUCAAGAACUUUGGGCGUAUGAGUUCCUUAGUGGCACGGCGGUUCACAGUAGAUAUUCUGAAUGGCCUCAGCUAUUUGCACGGCCUUGGUAUUGUGCACUGUGAUGUGAAGCCGCACAACAUGCUUUUGGGGAUGGAUGGCGUAUGCAAGCUGUCGGACUUUGGGUCGACCAUUUCUGAGGCAGCGGACAUGGCGCGGACAAUGGCGGAUGAGGUGAUGCUGCGUGGCACGGCGCUCUACAUGGCUCCCGAGGUGGCGGCUGGUGGUCGUUGCACAUCCCAGUCGGACAUUUUUUCGCUGGGGAUAUCGCUGCUGGAGAUGCUGCUUGGGCGUCUUCCGUGGAAGUGGAGCAGCAAGGCUCCAGAGGGUAGCGAUGCGACGUCACUGCAGGCUCUUUUUAACCGCGACCUCCUCUUUGUGCAGAGUCUUGCCCGUGAUUACCUGGAGCCGGAGAUUCCCGAUUUCCUUGAUUUUGAGGUAGCGCAUUUCGUUCGUUCCUGCUGUCACCCCAACCCUGCCAUGAGACCGUCUGCAUCUGCUCUUCUCUCAUAUUCCUUUGUUCUGUGA